AUGGUGCCAUUUUGGAACCCAGAAACGGUACAAGCUUUGCGUUUGACACUGUUAGCUGCGUUACUGUUAUGGACAUACACGGGCGCUGUAGGUGCUGUAUCAGGAAAUCCGGUACACCAAGCAAGUGUAGAUAGCGGCGAUGCCGAAUCGCCGACGGUGCUUCUACUGGGAGCGAUGUUAACAGAUCCCAAACAUAAACACGUGAUUGAGAAAACAAUUGACACACUGCAGGCCAACAUGUCGAGCCUUUCGAACGUUAAAAUAGAGAUCAUGGACGAGUACAUAAACCUCACCGAGCAUUUGAACGUCAUUCACACCAUCUGUCAGAAAAUGAUACCAAAAGGAAUUACUGCGCUGAUCUCGGCGAUUGAAGGGGAAAAUUACGUGGAUGUUCAUAUUGCGACAGGAUUUGUGUCUAUGAUUUCACAGUAUAUCAACCUGCCAGUGAUAAGUAUUAACCAGGCUACAGUAACAAAGCUAGACGCGCACGCGUCGAAGACAUCUCAUUCCAGUUAUUUACAUGUGGGAGCAUCCAUGAAGGACCAAGCCAAAGCCAUGCUUGCAUUUUUGCAAUACUAUGAUUGGUACCACUUUAUAAUUGUGACUACCAUGAUCCCAGACCAUGAUAUAUUUAUUAGCAGUAUGGAAAAUCUCUUGUUUGAAUACGCCGAGUCGUAUGACCAGGAGUGGGAGAUAUGUGAUAAAAUCGAGAUCAACAUGGAACACAAUCUGACAGCCCAGGUCAAGCUUAUUAUCGAGAGCGACUGCACCAUCGUGCUUUUGUUCAGCUCACAACAAGAGGCACAAUUGAUAAUGGAUGAAUCUAAUGAACAUGGAAUGAUGGAGCAUGGAAAUGUGUGGAUAGGUGCCGAGACAAUUCUCCGAAACCUAAACGGGGCUGGGGAAAUACCCGAUGAGUUCCCAACUGGUUUAUUAGCAGUCAAAUACAGAGAAAAAUCUUACAAUGUGGAACGCGCAAUACAGGAUUCUACCAAGAUUUACUUGAAUGGACUUGAUAGAUAUGCGAGAAGCAUGGGACACAGAGAAACUCUAAAAGACAUUGAAUUCACAAAAUCCUGUUGGCAGAGCAACCACAGGCCGCCCGAGUCGCUCAAUAAGUUUGUAAAGUAUUUGUCUACAUCACCCGAUACGGACGAUUCUGAUGAUGAUUACGAGUUCGACAUUGAGGGUAACCUAAAGAACCCCAAAGUUGUUAUAAUGAAUGUACCAAUCUCAAGACGAUGGGACAAGGUUGGAGUUUGGACCAGACACGGACUAGUAAUCAACGACAUCACGUGGAUGGGUGGUCUGCAUCAGCAACCAGAGGGAUUAACGCCGCAUCGGCAUAUUACGUUCACGACAAUCACAGAAGGUUCUUACGUUAGUGUCAUAGAGUUGAACGAAGAAGAGUGCACCGCAGGGGUUCGCUGUCGACUACUUGAUGAUGAAACGGGUGAGCAUUACUAUAGAUGCUGCAUAGGCUUUUGUGUAGACCUGCUUCUUCGUCUGAGUCGAGACAUUGGUUUUAUUUUCGACCUUUACGUGGUCGAAGAUCUCAAGUUUGGUGCCAACGAGAAUGGCACGUGGAACGGAAUGGUUGGUGAUAUAUUAAAAGGCAAUGCAGACGCAGCCAUAGCGUCGCUUCUCGACACGGCGGCGAGGUCCAGUGUCAUCGAUACAUCUGUGACCUUCAUGAAAUCUGGAAUUAGUGUUUUAGCCAAAAGGGAAGAAGGAAUGGUCCCAUCUGACGCAUUUCUUGCGCCAUUUGAUUACAGUGUAUGGCUUCUACUGACAGUCGGCAUCGUACAAGUAGUAGCAUUAGCCAUCUUUGUAUUUGAGUGUUUCAGUCCCGGUGGAUACGACAGAAGUCUCACCGGUCCUCGAAGUAAGUGCUUCACCUUCGGAAGUUCUCUGUGGAUUGUCUGGGGACUUUUAUUCAACAACACAGUUCCACUGAAGCCUCCCAGGAGCUACACUGCCAAAUUUAUGACGAACAUGUGGGGGUGUUUUUCACUCAUCUUCAUCGCCAUGUACACUGCAAACCUUGUCGCCCACAUGAUCAGAGAAGCGCCAACGGAUAUGGUGGACGGGUUUCUUGAUCCUAAGCUUCAAAAACCAAACCAGUACAGCAACCCUCUUAAGUUCGGCACUAUUAAGUCAACCAGUGUUGAGCAGUACAUUAAGAAAGUGAAUACGAAAAUGCAAGAACACAUGGAUCCUUACAACUUAGAACUUGCAGAAGAUGCGGUGGCGGCUGUAAAACAUGGGAAAGUCGAUGCUUUCAUAUACGAUGAGGCGGCAUUACGUGACCUUGCGGCAAAAGACCAAGACUGUUCUUUGAAAGUAGUUGGUAAAACUGUCGGGGAAACCGGUUAUACAAUUGCUCUUACCAAAGGAUCCCACUGGACGCAUAAAAUCAAUGAAAAAAUAAUUAAAUAUACUGAUAGUGGCUUUUUACAGACACUUGUUGAAAAAUGGUUAACCAGUAUGUGUGAAGGGAAAAAUGAAAAUUCAAGGCAACCCUUAGGAAUUGAGCACUCCUCGGGAGUAUUUCUGUUGCUAUUAGGAGGAACUGCCGUGAGCAUCCUGGUAUUCUUCGGGGAACACCUCUUCUUUAAGUUUUUAAAGGGUUAUUUUACCAAAAGGUUCGCGAAAAAAGAACUGGUUGCUGUUGUUUCCGAGGCUAUGGCGCGAAGUAUGUAUACUCCUGUUUCGAAAAGUGAGCAAUGUUCGUGUAGAAACUGGUCUUGCAGGCAAGUUAGCCAAGAACUCGACGCGGCUCUGGAUCGCCUCGGCGAAUUAGAAAAUAUGGUUUGGAUGUCACGCAACGGACAUACCAACUACUCAAACAAACCGAAAGUACUGAGCAACGAACGGACCAACGAGUUGAAGUCGUUAUGGAUACCACUCUCUCAGCAAGAAAAUGAUAAUUAUACCAAAGGGCACUUCACUUCGGACUCGGAUACAGACUCCGAAACGUCGGAGCGCAAUUUCUGUAAAAGUUUCGAUAACCUGGACCAUUUAGACAAAUUACAUGAAAUCAUGGAAAGAACUGCAUCUAUUGCAGCGCUGCAAUGUGGAAGGAACACUAUUGCCAUUGAGAAGAACGACACUAUGCAUGACCACAUGGUGGCAAGGAUUAUGUCGGUGUUUAAAGAGGAAAUGGAAGAUAAUCGCACCACUGACCCGGAAUGA